AUGAGAUCGCGCCACGUGUUUCUGACUCACAACUCCGAGCUCCAAGUCCAACCUGUUUGCAAACAGUUCGAGUUCCAAUGCCACGUGUACGGUCCCGAUGCGAUUCCCACGCAUAGUGAUUGUGCAGGGCACCCACCACCACAUCAUCUUAUAUCUUUUUUUUUCCCUCGAACCUCAAAAUCCAAGUCCCUCACACUGUUAGAUCUCGCCACGAUCUCCGUCCGUACAAUAUCCGGCGUGUUUUCCGGUCACUUCGACGCCGGGAAGUUCAUCGAUCUCCUGUCCGCGGAUCGACCGGUUAUUAACCGCUUCUACUUCAGUGAAGUACAGAAGGGUGUGAUCUUGAGCAGUUGUGUGUUUAUAAUUGGAAUGCCAAUGUGCAUUGUUGGUGGAAAGAGAUUCGUAUCGAGGAGUGUAAAUAGUUCUUUAACUGGAUCCUUGGAAAGGAAGUGCAGCAGCCUCAGUGGAGAGGAGUUUGAAGUGAAGCAACAAAAAUGGAUAUGGAUGAAUUGA